GGGGGAGCUGCUGCAGGCUCCGCGGCGGCGGCGGCGGCGGCAACGGAGGCUGCGGGGGCGGCGGCGCGAGCGGCCGGGCUUGGUAGGGGAGCCGAGCCCGGCCCGGGAAUCCGAGCAGCGAGAGUGCGGGGUACUUAGGCCCCUCACGCUGGACUUCACAGUCUCCGGGCCGCCUGACCUCCGCACGGGUAUAUGGGAUGGAAGCGGGACCCUCGGGAGCAGCAGACCUAACUCCCUCCCACUCUCUCAAGGAAGUAGCUCCUACCACCUUACUCAAGUUAUCCAUUUAGUGAUCUCUGCGGGCGCUUACCUGCCCCCCCUGCAGCAGGUGUUCCAGGCACCUCGCCGGCCUGGCAUUGGCACUGUGGGGAAACCAAUCAAGCUCCUGGCCAAUUACUUUGAGGUGGACAUCCCUAAGAUCGACGUGUACCACUACGAGGUGGACAUCAAGCCGGAUAAGUGUCCCCGUAGAGUCAACCGGGAAGUGGUGGAAUACAUGGUCCAGCAUUUCAAGCCUCAGAUCUUUGGUGAUCGCAAGCCUGUGUAUGAUGGAAAGAAGAACAUUUACACUGUCACAGCACUGCCCAUUGGCAACGAACGGGUCGACUUUGAGGUGACAAUCCCUGGGGAAGGGAAGGAUCGAAUCUUUAAGGUCUCCAUCAAGUGGCUAGCCAUUGUGAGCUGGCGAAUGCUGCAUGAGGCCCUGGUCAGCGGCCAGAUCCCUGUUCCCUUGGAGUCUGUGCAAGCCCUGGAUGUGGCCAUGAGGCACCUGGCAUCCAUGAGGUACACCCCUGUGGGCCGCUCCUUCUUCUCACCGCCUGAGGGCUACUACCACCCGCUGGGGGGUGGGCGCGAGGUCUGGUUCGGCUUUCACCAGUCUGUGCGCCCUGCCAUGUGGAAGAUGAUGCUCAACAUUGAUGUCUCAGCCACUGCCUUCUAUAAGGCACAGCCAGUGAUUGAGUUCAUGUGUGAGGUGCUGGACAUCAGGAACAUAGAUGAGCAGCCCAAGCCCCUCACGGACUCUCAGCGCGUUCGCUUCACCAAGGAGAUCAAGGGCCUGAAGGUGGAAGUCACCCACUGUGGACAGAUGAAGAGGAAAUACCGCGUGUGUAAUGUUACCCGUCGCCCUGCUAGCCAUCAGACAUUCCCCUUACAGCUGGAGAGUGGACAGACUGUGGAGUGCACAGUGGCACAGUAUUUCAAGCAGAAAUAUAACCUUCAGCUCAAGUAUCCCCAUCUGCCCUGCCUACAAGUUGGCCAGGAACAAAAGCAUACCUACCUUCCCCUAGAGGUCUGUAACAUUGUGGCUGGGCAGCGCUGUAUUAAAAAGCUGACCGACAACCAGACUUCGACCAUGAUAAAGGCCACAGCUAGAUCCGCUCCAGACAGACAGGAGGAGAUCAGUCGCCUGAUGAAGAAUGCCAGCUACAACUUAGAUCCCUAUAUCCAGGAAUUUGGGAUCAAAGUGAAGGAUGACAUGACGGAGGUGACAGGGCGAGUGCUGCCGGCGCCCAUCUUGCAGUACGGCGGCCGGGUGAGCAGGAACCGGGCCAUUGCCACACCCAAUCAGGGUGUCUGGGACAUGCGGGGGAAACAGUUCUACAAUGGGAUUGAGAUCAAAGUCUGGGCCAUCGCCUGCUUCGCACCCCAAAAACAGUGUCGAGAAGAGGUGCUCAAGAACUUCACAGACCAGCUGCGGAAGAUUUCCAAGGAUGCGGGGAUGCCUAUCCAGGGUCAGCCUUGUUUCUGCAAAUAUGCCCAGGGGGCAGACAGCGUGGAGCCUAUGUUCCGGCAUCUCAAGAACACCUACUCAGGGCUGCAGCUCAUUAUUGUCAUCCUGCCAGGGAAGACGCCAGUGUAUGCUGAGGUGAAACGUGUUGGAGAUACGCUCUUGGGAAUGGCUACGCAGUGUGUGCAGGUGAAGAAUGUGGUCAAGACCUCACCUCAGACUCUGUCCAACCUCUGCCUCAAGAUCAAUGUCAAACUUGGUGGCAUUAACAACAUCCUAGUCCCACACCAGCGCUCUGCCGUUUUUCAACAGCCAGUGAUAUUCCUGGGAGCAGAUGUUACACACCCCCCAGCAGGGGAUGGGAAAAAACCUUCUAUCACAGCAGUGGUAGGCAGUAUGGAUGCCCACCCCAGCCGAUACUGUGCUACUGUGCGGGUACAGCGACCACGCCAAGAGAUCAUUGAAGACUUGUCCUACAUGGUGCGUGAGCUCCUCAUCCAGUUCUACAAGUCCACCCGCUUCAAACCUACCCGCAUCAUCUUCUACCGAGAUGGGGUCCCUGAAGGCCAGCUACCCCAGAUACUCCACUAUGAGCUACUGGCCAUUCGUGAUGCCUGCAUCAAACUGGAAAAGGACUACCAGCCUGGGAUCACUUAUAUUGUGGUGCAGAAACGUCAUCACACCCGCCUUUUCUGUGCUGACAAGAAUGAGCGAAUUGGGAAGAGUGGUAACAUCCCAGCUGGGACCACAGUGGACACCAACAUCACCCAUCCAUUUGAGUUUGACUUCUAUCUGUGCAGCCACGCAGGCAUCCAGGGCACCAGCCGACCAUCCCAUUACUAUGUUCUUUGGGAUGACAACCGUUUCACAGCGGAUGAGCUCCAGAUCCUGACGUACCAGCUGUGCCACACUUAUGUACGAUGCACACGCUCUGUCUCUAUCCCAGCACCUGCCUACUAUGCCCGCCUGGUGGCUUUCCGGGCACGAUACCACCUGGUGGACAAGGAGCAUGAUAGUGGAGAGGGGAGCCACAUAUCGGGGCAAAGCAAUGGGCGGGACCCCCAGGCCCUGGCCAAAGCCGUGCAGGUUCACCAGGAUACUCUGCGCACCAUGUACUUCGCUUGAAGGCAGAACGCUGUUACCUCACUGGAUAGAAGAAAGCUUUCCAAGCCCCAGGAGCUGUGCCACCCAAAUCCAGAGGAAGCAAGGAGGAGGGAGGUGGGGUAGGGAGGAGUGUAGGACGCCUUGUUUCCUUCUGUAGAGGUGGUGUGAGAGUGGGGAACAGGGCCAGCAAGACAGACCACCAGCCAGAAAUCUCUGAUAUCAACCUCAUGUCCCCUACCCCUCACCCCAUCUUGUCACAUCUGGCCCUGACCCCACUGGACCAAAAGGGGCAGCACUGGUGCCCACCAUACACACAGGUGUCUCAUGUGACUCACAGUGCUAAAGACUCAUGCUUGACAGCUUGGUAAGGUCAACUCUGUAGCCCUGCGACAAAAGCUGGUUAGGUUUGGGUUUGAUACUUUAGAUGGGAAAGUGAGGGGCUUGAGAAAGUGGGUGGGAGGAGGGAAGGAUUUUUUAGGAGCCUUAAUCAGAAAAGGACUAGAUUUGUUUAAGAAGAAAAAUGAAACCAGACCCAGAUCAAUAUUUUAGGAUACUAGAUGUUUUAAUGGGUUCAGAAUCCAGUUUGUAGGAAGAUUUUUUAAUGGUUUUGGUUGCUCCUCCCCCAGCUGCCACCCCGCCUUCCCCUUAUUCCUCUCUGUCCACAUUUUCUGCCCCACCUUCUCCUCCCUGACAGACAUCCAGCCCCUAGUAAUACUUAAGGCACUAUGGCACUUAGCUUUGAAGUGACAUGACCCUGUCUUCCUUCCGCCCGCUGGUGGGUAACCAGUGCCUUCCCUGUAACGGUAAUGCUGCAGAACUGCAACCUUUUGUACCUUUCUUUGGGGAAUGGGGUGGGGGUGGGAGAGGAGGUAGAUGGGGAAGAAAUACCCCAGACCCAACAAACCUCCAGCCAGAAAGCCAGCUAUUUUGCAUUUGAAGGAAUCGACUUCCUCAUUCAUUGAGCUUUUUAAAAGAUCACAACCUCAAGAUGGUUAAAAUCCAUUGACAUUUGCACUUUCAAACAUGACAAGUCUCGGAGCUGCUGAGAUGACUGGCCCCUGGCCUUUCCACUUAUGCCUCCUUUUCUCCUUGUUCCUCCUACCUCCCACCCCACCCAGGUCUGGAGUUACUUUCAUAGCAUUUUUCACUCUUGGCUUCUUUUCUCCCUUGAUGGUCAAGUCUCUUGUGUUUCAAUAUUUCUUAACUGGGGUGUCUUAUAACAAAAAACUCUUAGGUCUAAAAUGAGAAAAAAGAGAGAAAACAAAAUGUUAUUUUUAUACCAUAACUUGAGUGUAUUGCCAAAAUUUGGAAAUCCUUCCCAUGCCUGAUGAGUUUAUAUCCCGGAAACAUUGAGCCAUCAGAAUGAACUGUGUACCUGAUUUGUUCUCUGACCUGGCUAGGUAGGGAGGGGGUGGUUAUCACCCCAAGAUGGGGUCCGGGCUCCAUCCUUCCUCUGUGCAGAUAAUACCUUUCUCUUGCUGUAGCCUCCCUCCUCUGCACUGUCCUGCACUCUUUCUUGCAAGUGCAUCUUUUUCCUUCCUCUGGACUGUCCUCUGACCCUUUGGCUCAUCCUGGAUUCCAGUGUGUCCUGUGGACAGGCUAGGGAAUUUUGCUGCUCCCUAUUGCUUCUGUUUACACAAAUGAAUUUUUCCUGGUUUCCCACUAGGGCAUGUGAGUGGGUGGCAUGGGCUUUUUUUUUUUUUUUUUUUUUUGUCUUGAGACAUGGGGUUUGGCUGUCUUGCAGGACUGGAGAAGGUGGUGGUUCUAGCUUGGUCUCUGUUGGCCUUGAAGCAAGCAUCCCCCCCCCUGCCCUUUUUCCUUGACUGUUCAUUUUUUUCCUGCCCCACCGCUUGGGAUGGGGAGUUGCAACUUCAGUGUGGAAUUUCCUCUUUUUGAGGAGCCUGGGUUUGGAUCUAUCUGAUCUGGUGAUGAAGCCAUGAUUACUUUAGACCUAGCCCAGGCUUGGAGGCCAGCUGGAGGAAGGAGGGUCUAAAUCCUGGCCUAUAGAGUUAGAACUACCGUUUCCUCUCCUCAGCUGCCCUUGUAUGACCCGGAUUUGCUAUGCAAAACAAUCUGUCCCAGGUUCUGUUCUGGUUGGCUACAUUGUUCAGCAACUCACAAAACGUAGCACAAACAUUCAUUAUGGAGAAAGCAUCAGGACUGUUGAGUAACUCCUCCUUUACUUUUUUCCUGCUGGCUACAGCAUGGGGUGCCCUAUAGGCACAAGCCCAGCUGAAGAACAGAAUGGAGGGCUCUGGGAGGAGGCAGCUCACUGGAGAGCCUACAUUCCUUACACAAGUGCCUAAAGAGAGUGAUGCUAACACUCCAUCUGCCCUGUCCAUUGCCUUCAUAUACAGUCUACUUCGUGUUCUGUCACUCUUUGGGGAGGGGAGCUCUUCUGGGACAGUGGGCUCUGCAUGUUCUCUACUUGGGUACAUUUUGGGGCUAGGAUCAGGGCACUAUUCCUGGAGGGUCCAGUCAUUCACCAGCAUUUGCAAAUGUCCAUAGGGAGCAGGUGGCAGCCUCUACUCCCAGCAACAAGUUUGUGUUCUCUCCUUUUCUCUCUUUGCCUCACUCUCUCCAGUUGGUUAUCAGCUGGGGCUUGAAAUGCAUUUUUAGCCCUUUGCCAUGGCAUAUGCCAUUCAAGAAAUAAAAAAGCAAGAGAAUCAGCUUUGGGCAAUGACAAGAAAUGACUUCUUACUCUGAUUUUUUUGUAAAAAAAUAAUUUUUGAGACUUGGAAAAUAACCCUGACCUUGAGGAUUAUUCUUGUUUGAAAGGUGAUGGAUGCAAAUGGAGAAGUGGUGUUGGCAGCAAGCAUUGGCUCAUGUGGAUUUGGUUUAAGUGGUGCUUCUUACCCAAGCUUCAAGGAAGUGCUUGGGGGACCCCCAGCCUCAUCCUCUUAGAUGGGUCUCUUGCUCCCUUUGUACCACUGUUUUGCCUUCCUUUUCCUCUUCUCUUUUUCCCUGGCUUCCUUUCCCUUUUCUACUAUUCACUCUGCUUGCUUGCUGGCCGGCCUGCCUGCCUGCAUGCCUGCCUGCCUGCCUGCCUGCCUAUGUGAUGAUGAAAUCUCUGCAUGGCUGCAAUGAUCCCACUGUUAGCUGGCAAGGUCAGGCUUAGCUCCUUGACUGCAGAAGACCAAGAACCUGUUCCCCAAGCCCAGAGAUGUUCACCUGGGCUGGACUGCCCUCAAGCUUAUACUAGAGAAGAGCAACUGACCUGCCCAACUUGUGUGAAGUCAGGAGGGUUUCUGGCAUUUUCCACACCUGUCCACUCCUUGGAGCUGGUUUCUCUCAUUGCUUUUACUAAAUCUGGUUCUUUUUCUCUUUACCUGGGGCCUGCCUUUUCUGAGAUUGUCUUAGGGUUGAGCUACUUGGGUAUCCUGGGCUUGAGUGUUAGGGGAUGGACAUAAGGGAAAGAGUGAUGAGAAGAGAAUGGAGAGAAUUUGAAUAAAAGGUGGGAAAGGAGAGAGCCCUGUUCUUUGAUUGUUUAUCCAAUCCAACCUGAUCCAUUAAGGAUUGAGGUGCUACACUGGCCUCCAGGGAUAAGCCUGGGGCUAUUGUUGCUGGGAACUUAGGCUUAACAUAAAGCCGAAGAAGAAGGUACCUAGAAUUUUGAAACUUCCCUAAAAAGCUCCUAAUGCCCCACCUGCUAGAUAGCUUCUCUGUGGCCUCCUAUUUAGCUGAGCAGCAGUGUUUUUGGAUACUUUUCUUCUUCUGUUUGUGAAUAAGGCCAGCACUCAAGAUGGGCAGACAAGGGCACACUAUUGGCUGGUCCAUAGGAUAUUUGUAAGGCUGGUGGGACAAUUUUGGACCUGGAAUCCUGUGAACUAACAAGGUUGGAAGUUUCUUCCCCUUCAGGGUAGAAAAAUCAUCUCAAACUAGACAAAAGGCAGUUUUGGAAACUACAUUGGGGGAAGUUAUUUUUAUUUAUAUAUGGGGCCUAGGCCAAUCUAGGAUGGUAGCUGGAAUACCUUCCUUCUUAAAAUCUGAUCAUGGCAGGGAUAUGCAGGGCACUUUUUACUAUUUGGCCUUCUAAGCAGAUUGGGAAGGAGGUAUUUUCUGGUUUUCUCUUUCCUCCAACUUGAUAGGACUUGCCUUCUCCCUGGGCAGGGAGAGAGGCUGGGUUGGUGCUCUCCCCUUACUCUAUUCAUACUGACUUAGAACCUCUGGCUGCUGUUUGGGCAUCCAAGAAAGGGAGGGGAAGGAAUGAGCUAAAAACGAAACAGAAUGAGUUGGGAAAGGGAGAUUUCCUUCUCUACAGAGGAAAAUAGGAAACCCUCCAAGAAUUGUGCAAGUAAAGACAUUCGUCAAAUGCACUGAGUCCCUUGGUGUAGUAGCAAUAAGGAAAAAUGAAAUUACUUUCCUGUGCACACAGUCCAGCCUAAUUGGUGUGUGAUGUUGCACUUAGCAGCCAUGUGGUGGGCAUGUGUGACUACUCUGGGUUUCACUUUAGUUUCUAAACUUUUUAUCCCUCUCAAGUCCAGCAUGGAUGGGGAAAUGUCUCUGGAUCCCCACAGCUGUGUACUUGUUUGCAUUUGUUUCCCUUUGAGACUUGUGUUUGUGUCCUGCUUUGAGCUGUACCUUGUCCAGUCCAUCGUGAAAUUAUCCCAGCAGCUGUAAUGUACAGUUCCUUCUGAAGCAAGCAACAGCAGCAGCAGCAGCAGCACAAUUCUGUGUUUUAUAAAGACAACAGUGGCUUCUAUUUCU